GGGCGGACCCGGAGGCGGGGCUGUCUCUGCGGCAGGGCCCAGCUCGGCUCCCCCCGGUCUCUCUCUGUCUCUCCUCCUCCCUCCUCCUGCUCCGGGCGGAGCCCGGCAUGGGGGGGCCGGCGCCCGGCAGGCCAGUGGAUCCGGGACCCAGGGAGGGCCGCCCCCCGGGCCUGGUGGCGCUGAGCAGGGCCCCCCAGCCCCCACCUCCUGCCCCACGACAUGAACCUCCUCUACCGAAAAACCAAGCUGGAGUGGAGGCAGCACAAGGAGGAGGAGGCCAAGAGGAGCUCCAGUAAGGAGGUGGCUCCUGCAGGCCCCGCAGGGCCCGGGGCUGGCCCGGGGCCUGGGGUCCGUGUGCGGGACAUCGCCUCGCUGCGCCGCUCCCUCAGGAUGGGCUUCAUGACAAUGCCAGCCUCCCAGGAGCACACCCCCCACCCCUGCCGCAGCGCCAUGGCCCCACGCUCACUCUCCUGCCAUUCAGUGGGCAGCAUGGACAGUGUUGGGGGUGGGCCUGGGGGGGGAGGUGGGGGUCUCACAGAGGACAGCAGUGCCCGAAGACCCCCUGCCAAGCCCCGGAGACAUCCCAGCACCAAGCUCAGCAUGGCAGGGUCGGGGGCAGAGAUGCCCCCCGGCAAGAAAGCAGGCUCACAGAAGCCAACCCCAGAGGGCCGAGAGUCCAGCCGGAAGGUUCCUCCACAGAAGCCCAGGAGAAGCCCAAACACCCAGCUCUCUGUCUCCUUCGAUGAGUCCUGUCCCCCAGCCCCCUCUCCUCGAGGGGGGAAUCUGCCCCUUCAGCGCCUCAGUAGGGGGUCCUGCAUAGCUGGGGACCCUGAGGUGGGUGCCCAGGAAGAGGAGCCCGUGUACAUUGAGAUGGUGGGGGAUGUCUUCAGGGGAGGAGGGCGAAGUGGAGGGGGCCUGACUGGGCCCCCUCUUGGGGGUAGGGGCCCAACCCCUCCAGCUGGCGCCGACUCGGACUCAGAGGAGAGCGAGGCUAUAUAUGAGGAGAUGAAGUACCCGCUGCCCGAGGAGGCAGGGGAAAGCCGGGCCAACGGGGCCCCUCCAUUGACCGCAAGCUCCUCGCCACACCAGCCUCCUGCCCUGCAGCCCCACACCCACCGUCGGCCAGCUUCAGCCCUCCCAAGCCGGAGGGAUGGGACACCUACCAAGACCACUCCUUGUGAAAUCCCCCCGCCCUUCCCCAACCUCCUCCAGCACCGUCCUCCGCUCCUGGCCUUCCCCCAAGCCAAGGCUGCUUCCCGAACCCCUGGCGAUGGGGUCUCGAGGCUACCGGUCCUCUGCCACUCGAAGGAGCCAGCGGGUUCCACCCCAGCUCCCCAAGUGCCUGCCCGGGAGCGGGAGACGCCUCCCCCACCGCCUCCGCCUCCUGCUGCCAACCUGCUGCUGCUGGGACCCUCGGGCCGGGCCCGGAGCCACUCAACACCAUUGCCACCCCAGGGCUCUGGCCAGCCCCGGGGGGAGCGGGAGCUCCCCAACUCCCACAGCAUGAUCUGCCCCAAGGUGGCAGGGGCGCCGGCAGCCCCUCCUGCCCCGGCCGCCUUGCUCCCUGGCCCCCCCAAGGACAAGGCUGUGUCUUACACCAUGGUGUACUCGGCAGUCAAGGUGACCACGCACUCCGUCCUGCCAGCUGGUCCGCCCCUAGGUGUUGGGGAGCCAAAGACGGAGAAGGAGAUCUCAGUCCUCCACGGGAUGCUGUGCACCAGCUCGAGGCCCCCAGUGCCUGGGAAGUCCAGCCCCCACAGCGGGGCCAUGGGCGCAGCAGCUGGGGUCCUCCACCAUCGUGGCUGCCUGGCCUCCCCACACAGCCUUCCGGACCCAACCGCAGGCCCCCUGACUCCCCUCUGGACCUACCCAGCUGCAGCAGCUGGGCUCAAGAGACCCCCUGCCUAUGAGAGCCUCAAGGCCGGGGGGGUGCUGAGUAAGGGCUGUGGAAUGGGGGCCCCAUCCCCCAUGGUCAAGAUCCAGCUGCAGGAGCAGGGGACCGACGGGGGUGCCUUUGCUAGCAUCUCCUGCGCCCAUGUCAUCGCCAGUGCAGGGACACCGGAGGAGGAAGAAGAGGAGAUGGGCGCCACGACAUUUGGGGCAGGCUGGGCUCUGCAGAGGAAGGUCCUGUAUGGAGGGAGGAAGGCAAAAGAGCUGGACAAGGUCGAGGAUGGUGCCCGGGCCUGGAAUGGCAGUGCUGAGGGUCCAGGCAAGGUGGAGCGUGAGGACAGGGGCCCUAUGGCAUCAGGGAUCCCAGUGAGGAGUCAGGGGGCAGAGGGCCUGCUGGCCAGGAUCCACCACGGAGGGGACCGAGGAGGGAGUCGCACGGCGCUGCCCGUACCCUGCCAGACGUUUCCUGCCUGCCACCGCAAUGGAGACUUCACGGGAGGCUACCGCCUGGGGCGCUCGGCCUCCACCUCUGGAGUCCGGCAGGCCGCGCUCCAUACCCCCCGGCCCUGCAGCCAGCCUGGGGAUGCCCCAAGCCAGACCCACCCCGCCCUGCCGCUGCCCCUACCGCCUCAGCCCUCCCGGGAGCGCGACGGCAAGCUGCUGGAGGUGAUAGAGCGCAAGCGCUGCGUGUGCAAGGAGAUCAAGGCCCGCCACCGCCCAGACCGAGGCCUCUGCAAGCAGGAGAGCAUGCCCAUCCUCCCCAGCUGGCGGCGGGGGCCCGAGCCCCGCAAGUCCGGCACCCCGCCCUGCCGCCGGCAGCACACUGUCCUCUGGGACACUGCCAUCUGAGGAGGCCCGGAGACCGGGGCACCGGACUGGGGAGCGGGGCGGGGGUGCCUGGCUCUCCGGGAGACUUGCCUUGAAAGAGGGACACUUGAAGGACCAGGUGAGAGAAAGCCAGGGAGAACCCCCUGCCUUCCACCCUAACCCCCGGAGACGGGGAAUCUGCCAGGCCCAUCGGGCAUGGGGCACCAGCUGCACCCCCUGAAAUUUGGGGGAGGAGGGUUUGAGGUUCGGAGUGAGGCCCUCCGCUGCUCUCCCUACUGGGCGAGGUAGACUCCUCCUCCUCCUGAGGGGGCCGAGCCAGAGGUCAGCAUGGGGGAGGAGGGAAGGGUAGGGAGGAUGGGGGGGGCGGGUCAGGUGAAGGACGAGGCUAGAGAGUGUGAGGUAGAGGGGCUCUUUAAUAGAGCCGGGAGUGGGGAGGGGGUAUUUAUUUCGUUAUUUAUUUUAGUUGGGAGGGCAAUUCUGGGCUCUUCUGACCUACUUCUGGGCAGGGAGUAGGCAGUGGUGGGCAAUUAAAGGGAACCAAGUUUGUGCUCUCCCCAACGCCUGAAGGCCCCACCAUCCACGCCCACCCUGCCGCUGGGGAUUGGUCUGGACUGGGGAGCCAAGCAAGAGAAGGGAGGGACUCCGGUGAGCUGAGGGCCGCAGACUCAUUUACAGUAUUUACGAGUGGCCAGAAUUUGGUAGUGAGUGUGGCCUGCUGUGAAACAGGCAUCUUAUUUAGCUCUGGGGUGAGGGUCUAGCACCAGGGAUGGGCGGGAUGAUGGGGAAGGAGGGAAAUUUUAGCGGGUGGGGGGAGGGCGGGGUAUUUAUUUAAAUUUUAAAAAAAUCAGAAGAGAUGUCAGGAACUUUUUUUUAAUUCCUUUCUUUUCAGAAUAAUAUAUUAAAAGACUAACGAUCCUA